CUCGGGGGCGGGGGCGGGGGGCGCGGGCACCGGAGACCCCGGUGGCGGCAGCGGCGGCCGGGGAAAACCGCGGGGCCGGUCAUGCGGCUGCGGGGCCCGCGGCCCGGAGCGUCCGCCCAGCCCUGAGAGAGGCCCCACAGGGCGCCCCCCGCCGCUCAGGAUGAGUCACUGCAGCAGCCGCGCCCUGACCCUGCUGAGCAGCGUGUUUGGUGCCUGCGGCCUGCUCCUUGUGGGCAUCGCGGUCAGCACGGACUACUGGCUGUACAUGGAGGAGGGGACCGUUUUGCCGCAGAACCAGACCACCGAGGUCAAGAUGGCGCUGCACGCUGGCCUCUGGAGAGUCUGCUUCUUUGCAGGUCGGGAGAAGGGGCGCUGUGUGGCUUCUGAGUACUUUCUUGAACCAGAAAUCAACUUGGUGACGGAAAACACGGAGAAUAUUCUGAAGACAGUGCGCACGGCUACACCCUUCCCAAUGGUCAGUCUCUUCCUCGUGUUCACCGCCUUUGUCAUCAGCAACAUCGGCCACAUCCGACCUCAGAGAACCAUCCUUGCUUUCGUUUCUGGCAUCUUUUUCAUUUUAUCAGGCCUCUCCUUGGUGGUGGGCUUGGUCCUGUACAUCUCCAGCAUCAACGACGAGGUCAUGAACAGGCCCAGCAGCUCUGAGCAGUACUUUCACUAUCGCUACGGGUGGUCCUUUGCCUUCGCUGCUUCCUCUUUUCUUCUCAAAGAGGGGGCCGGAGUCAUGUCGGUGUACUUGUUCACCAAGCGCUACGCGGAGGAGGAGAUGUAUCGCCCGCACCCGGCCUUCUACCGACCGCGUCUCAGCGACUGCUCCGACUACUCCGGCCAGUUUCUGCAGCCCGAGGCGUGGCGUCGAGGCCGCAGCCCUUCCGACAUCUCUAGCGACGUCUCCAUUCAGAUGACGCAAAAUUACCCUCCGGCCAUCAAGUACCCGGACCACCUCCACAUCUCCACUUCGCCGUGCUGAGGCUGGAGUCCCUCCCUUUCCUCUUCCUCCCUCCCCUCUCCCGCGCCUCACCCAUGAAGCCCCAAUUCCUCAAGGAACUCUAGGCUGAGGGAUGCUGUGCCAUCUCCAAGCUCCUACCCAUCAUCCUCAUUUCAACGGCUCCACCCUUUCCCCAAUCUCUCCUCAUUGAUUCAUUAUACUUCCACAUGCUUCCUUCCUCACCUCGCCCCCGUGAGCCUUUCCCUGAGGUCCCUCCCCACCGGUUAAUUCCAACCGAGCUUACUAUCUUCCGGCGGUAUCUUGCACCUAGCUCCCCCAACUCUGCCAGACUCCCGCUUCCGGGUAGGGGUGCUGGGCUGGAGAGUGGGUGUGGCAGCCGCUGGAAUGCCCUGGAACUACCCCUCCGUUCUCUCCUGGCACACCACCAGGUGCCCUGCAGGUCGCUGGUGGCGGCGGGUGGGGAUAAGCUUGCUCAGCCUAUAGGGAUAUGACUAUGACUGACCUUGACCUUUCUGUUGCCUCCCGGAGACUCCAUUUUCUCUCUUUUCUCCUCUGGAAGGUGACCUUCUUUCUUUCUUCUAAUGUAUUCUUCUUCUUCCUCCCCCCCCCACUUCUUCCUCCUCCUCUGCCUUUCCCUCUCCCACCUCCCCUUCCCACUUAUCUUUUCCUCUCUCCACCUGCUCAUCCGAAGCCCCUAGGUGCAUCCAGCCUCUCACACCAAACAAGGAUGGGACCCCAGGGUGGAGGGAGGGUCCCUCAUGCUAUCUCCAUACCUGUGCCAGCCUCUUCCCCCUCGAGGCUCUUUCGGGGGAGGGAGGGGCAGUAGCGGGGGUUAGCACCCCCCAAAACCUCUGUCUUCCAUUUUCUGGUACUCCCUCUCAUCCAUGUCCCUCUUCCCACCUCAAAUCCCCAAACUCUGGCCUCUUUCAAGGGCCUGGUCUCCCCCUUGGACAGACUGGGGGGGGGCGGGGGAGGUCGCCAGAAAACCGCCCACCCCACUCCCUUUGUUAGGGGAGGAGGGGCGAGGGAGCACAGAGUUAACACACGGAACCAGAACGGCCCCGGGGUGGGGGGAGGGGGGCAGGGGAGGGACGGGGGCUUUUAGUUUGCAUCUUAGGUGGGAGGGGGGAGGGAGAACAGCAGCAGUUAUAACCUGUCUUUACGCAGCGAUUUUUAAUGAGUCUAGGGGAGGGGGGAGGGAAGCAAUAAGGGUGGGGAACCGGUGGGGUGGGGGGCCUGGCUCUGUUAUUUACCGUGUAUCAUAUGUAAAUAUCAAUAAACUUUAUUUCAAACA